AUGCGCCUUCUCACGUAUGACGACGCUGGUGCUAUCAGCUUCACCAAAGAUCUCUUGGAGUCUGAACUAGCAAGUUACCCGUACGCCAUUCUGUCGCAUCGAUGGGGGCCCGCGGAGGAAGAGGUCACCUACAACGACGUCCUGACAGGCAUUGGCACGAGCAAGCCAGGCUCCGGCUCAGCAAAGAUACGAUUCUGCGUCCAACAGACCAGGCGCGAUGGCCUGCAAUACUUCUGGGUGGACACGUACUGCAUCGACAAGACCAACCACACCGAGCUGUCCGAGGCGCUCAUCUCCAUGUUUCGAUGGUAUGCCAAUGCCCAGAGGUGUUACGUUUGUCUCUCCGACGUCACUCUUGACAACUGGGAGCGGCAUCUCCGAGCCAGCAAAUGGUUCCGGCGAGGCUGGACGCUUCAAGAGCUGAUUGCUCCGUCGACGCUCGAGUUCUUCUCCAAGGAAGGACAGACUAUUGGUACUAAGGCCUUUCUGAUAGAUCAGAUCAAUGAGAUCACAAGGAUUCCGAUUGCCGCUCUCCAGGGAAAGGCACUGACAGACUUCACCGUGCAUGAGCGUCGACAAUGGCAAGAAGGUCGAGAGACUCUAAAGCCUGAGGACUUGGUGUAUUCACUGCUGGGCCUGCUUGACAUCUCGAUGCCGGUGCUGUAUGGCGAAGGAAAAGUAAAGGCGGCGGAGCGGUUAGAAACCGCACUCAACGAGGCGCAGAAAGGCAAACAGUACACGGACUUCUCGCUAGUCUUCAGUCUCGCCGAAGCAGCAAUCGAGACGCAACGCUUUGUUGCACGAAACAGCGAACUGCUAGAGAUACGCACUCAUCUCAGCAGUGAUGGCAGCCGUAGGACGGUGGUGCUUCAUGGCCUCGGGGGCAUUGGGAAGACGCAGCUGGCAAUGGCAUAUGCCAAGCGACACAAAGACGACUACUCCGCGAUCCUCUGGCUGAACGCGAAGAGCAUAGACUCGAUCAAAUCCAGUUUUGGGAAAAUGGCAAAGCAGAUCCUCCGCGAGCAUCCUGGUGCCACGCCUCUGGCCGGCUUGGACUUACAACAAGACCUGGAUGGAGUUGUCGAUGCGGUGAAAGCUUGGCUCAGCACGCCAAUGAACGCUCGCUGGCUCCUGAUAUGCGAUAACUACGACAACCCAAAAGUUCCAGGAAAUACCGACCCGAACGCGCUCGAACUUCGUCAUUAUCUGCCCGAGGCCUAUCAAGGCGCCGUUAUUGUGACCACCCGGUCAUCUGAAGUGAAGCUCGGACACUGUUUGAGGAUCAAAAAGCUCGAGACAUUGCAAGAUGGUCUGGAGAUCUUGGAGGACGCGUCGGGUCGAAGGGAGCUGGCAAAAGAUGACGACGCAGUCCGGCUCGUCCUUAAGCUGGACGGUCUACCGCUCGCGCUGGCCACGGCAGGAGCAUACCUCAACCAAUCUACAAUGACAUGCGCCCAAUAUCUCGACUUCUUCGAUCGGUCAUGGGCACGCCUCCAGAAAAUGAGUCCCGGACUGCUUACGUACGAGGACCGCACGCUCUAUUCCACUUGGCAGAUCUCUUUCGAUCAGAUCGAGCGGCAGGAUAGCACGGCGGCGAACCUAUUACGCUGGUGGGCUUAUUUUGACAAUCAAGAUGUCUGGUUCGAAUUGCUGAAUCACACUGACAAUGACAAUCCUCAGUGGAUGGCUGAAUUGGUUGAGGAUGAACUGGCUUUCCACGCGUGUAUGCAAGUCCUGUGCGAUCAUGGACUGGUGGAAGCCGAUGCGCAGAAUCAGUACGGGGUCGAAUCCACUGGCUACAGCGUUCACGCCUGUGUUCACUCGUGGAUGACAGCCGUGCUGAACUCGCAAAAAGACGGAGCCCUAGCUCGCGCUGCUUUGGACUGUAUAGCAUCCCAUGUGCCCGACUUGCAUGCUCCUCAAUGGUCUCUGGUCCAUCGCCGACUGCUCAAUCACGCCAAUAGGUGUCUGGACUAUCUGGACGUUGCUGACAGCGGGCUGGAAUCGGCCUGGGCCUGGAACACACUUGGACUGUUAUACACCAGGCUCGGCAAGCUUACGAGCGUGGAGAAGCUGUUCACACGAGAACUCAAGGCGUACGAGCAGGCACACGGACCAGACCACGCGUCGACGCUCGGUGCCGUGAACAAUCUCGGCGUCAUGUAUAAGAACCAAGGGAAGCUGGAAGAGGCAGAGGCGAUGUAUAGGCGCGCACUCAAGGGCUACGAAAACGCGCCGGUCGCAGAUCCCUUGACGACGCUCGACACCCUGCACAAUCUCGCCGGGCUGUACGUUAUGCUCGGCAAGCUCGCCGACGCCGAAACGCUGUACCUACGGGCACUGAAAGGCUGCGAGGAGACGCUCGGAGCAGAGGCGCCGUCCACGCUCGACACCGUGAACAACCUUGGCAUGCUGUACAACGACCAUGGCGAAUUCGACAAGGCCGAGAUGUAUGUGCGAGCGCUCAGAGGGAGAGAGAAGGCGCUGGGGGCGGAUCACACGUCGACAUUGCUGAUCGUCAACAACCUAGCCAUAGUAUACGCUAAUGAGGGCCGGGUGGCGGAGGCCGAGGAGAUGUAUGUGCGAGCGCUCCAGGGCCAGGAGAAAGCACUCGGGGCAGAUCACCUCACGACGCUCAACACCGUGCACAACCUCGCCAUCCUGUACAAGUAUCAAGGCAGGCUGACAGAGGCCGAGGAGCUGUAUCAGCGAGCACUAAGCGGGUAUGAGAAGGCGCUUGGUGCAGACCACACGGCGGCCUUACGGGCUGUCACGAAUCUAGGACUGCUUCUGAUGGCGCAGGGGAGGCGUGAAGACGCAGAAGAACAGUACCUUCGUGCAAUGGCCGGCUAUGAUCAUAUGCCUCCGCAGAUGCAAAUCUACGUGGACGAGUUAGGUCGAUUGUUGUCUGAUGCACCAGACAAUGCCGCGAUGGGGGAGCAUUUGCUGCCUGUCGAUGCAUUGAAGUAA